GCUUCCUUUUCCGUUUGGAUUUGGCGAAGGUUCGUGACACGUUCGUGUGAUUUUUAUGAUAUCCACAUUUUACGUGCCAAUCAACCAAGAUGGUGCAACGACUAACCUAUCGGCGACGCUUGUCGUACAACACAAAAAGUAACAGGAGACGUGUUGUACGUACUCCUGGUGGCAAAUUAGUCUAUCAAUAUCUUAAGAAGCCCAAGAAGAUUCCAAGAUGUGGACAGUGUAAAGACAAACUCAGAGGCAUCCAACCUGCUAGACCCAUGGAGCGAUCUCGUAUGUGCAGACGCAAAAAGACUGUCAAGCGUGUAUACGGCGGAGUACUCUGCCAUAAGUGUGUAAAAGAAAGAAUUGUACGUGCAUUCUUAAUUGAAGAACAAAAGAUUGUCUAUAAAGUUAUGAAAGCACAGCAGGCUUCAGCGAAGACGAAAAAAGUGGAGAAAUAACUCCGUUACUUUUUAUUAUACAAAAUAAAUAAUAAAACCCCAAAAAAUUAAA